AACUUGUCACAUCUAUUUGGGUCUUUGGAGUUAUGUUUGGCACCAAAUUAUCAUUUUCAGAACACCACAAACAAAGCAAAUCUGAUGCUGAGAAAAAUUACUGGUAAUGAAAGGAAAUUGUAUGCAAUGCCACAACACCGUCAGCCAUUGGCUCUUCUGUCUCUCUGUUACACACAAGUUGCCACUGAUUUAGUAUCAACAUGCAGGUUACUGCAAUUGGUCGCCCAAGAUUCAACUGCAACCCAUGCAUUAAUGUUGGCCCGGCGAAGACUUCGCUCGCGUUACCUAGCCAAUCUGCCAGGAUCUGUUCGUUCUCGUUUGAUUGAGGAAGCAUCUCGUUUAUUAUCUGCACCUACACCUGAUGGUAGUGCAAUAGGAGGACCAGCUCCAUUGUACCUCUUGGCAUUACUUCUUGCCCCCGACAUCCAUCAUUUAAGAGUAGAAUUAUGCUGCUACUAUGGCUGCAGCCACCAAGCAGCCCUUUUGAGACUUCUUGCUUCUGAAGGGCGGGGUUUAGAAACCUUGGAGCUAGCUAGAUCAGCGCUUUUGAGACUAGAUCGCAGUCUUCUACAUAGUGCCCUAAUUUCUGCAAAUUCAUUAAGGCAUCUCAUCUUGCGAAAUAUAGCACGGGAUACUAUAAUGCAAGUGAUUGGUUCAGCAUGCCACAAUCUUACUGUUUUGGAUGUUUCACAUUCAAGACAAGUAACAGAUGGAGGUCUACGUCAUUUGUUUCUGCAAGUAGAACUACGUGAUAAAUCUUAUGAGAGAGAAGAAUCACCUUGUACAUCCUUACCAUCAUUAAGUCAAAGUGCAAAUUCUAGUGGAUCUUGUGGUAAUCGAGGUUGGGGUCGUCUUCGAAUAUUGCUUAGAUUGUUUCCUUGGCUUAGAGUAAAUCGCGAAGGUGACAGUAAAGUUAAAGAUACAUCAUUCCUUCUUGAAUACUGUGAACGUCGGAAUCCACUUUGUGAAUCACUUCAAGUCUUAAAUGUUGCUAAUACAGGCGUCACAAGUGCUGGCAUUUUGCUGGCCCUUCAUCAUAUACCACGACUACAGUCCCUCGGAGAGUAUGGGCACAUGGGGCGAGCUUUAGAAAUUUUACACAGAGCAUGGAGUGCCACAUCGUGGCAAGGAGAUGAGCAGUCUCCACCAAGUUUCUGUCUCACUGCAGCACGAAGCCAACGUACAACUGUGCAAAGAUUGGAACUCCUUGCUAUGGCUUGUCCAAGUCUUGAAAAAUUGACAAUAUCUGAGCCUCAUCAUCCUCCUUCAGCUCUUGAACUUUUCUCUUCUCAUCUGACAACCCUCCAUUUACACAGUGUACCUAAUGAUAUUCAAUGGAUUUCUGGAUUAUAUACAUUUCUUGCAACAGAACACGGCAGGAAGUUGCAAAAUUUCUCACUGCGUUUCUUUCCUCAUGAACUGACCACACCUGUAGAUUUGGGUCAGAUUGUUCUCUCUUGUCCUAACCUACAGAUUUUCACUGAAGAUGGAGGUGAUAUUGACUGGAAAAAUGACACUAGUAAAGAAAGCAUAAAUUUAUUACACUUACGGCAAAUUCAACUUGGCCGAACCGUUACAGCAAGAGCUCUCACAGAACUAUUAAAAAGAGCACCUGCACUAGAAAUUGCACAUUUCUACAGUUGUCCUGAUUUGAAAGAUCAUCAUAUUAUGAGAGUCACUUCAUCAGCAACAAAUUUACUGGAUCAAUCUCAACGUUCUUCUUUCUCGUCACUGAAUUUACAGUGCUUUUAUAUAUAUGAAGCUUCUCAUAUUACAGCUCCUGCUGUUGUAUCCUUGCUAGCAUCUUGUGAACAACUUUUAAGUAUAGGCAAUCUUAGUAACUGGGGUCUUGACUGUGAAGGUUUACGAAGGAUACACACCACAGUUUUAAAACACAAUCUUAAUUUGGAAAUAAAUACUGGUUCGCACUGGUUUUGUUCUCACUGCUUUCCAUCAUGACAAGAUUCAUCAUCUCAUCAAUGCACCCACACCUGCUUCUAUCAACAUCAAUACAAUUAUUACUUGUGAAAAUGUAUGUUUCUCUUCAAAUAUAAUAUGUGAUUUCUUAAUUGUGCAGUAUUGAAAUUUGCGCAACAACGAAAAUUAAUCUCAUUCGUAUAUAUCCAAUUACAACUUUGAAGGACUAUUGCAGUAAAAUUAUAUGUAUUAUUAUUGCAGAAACUUAUAAAAUAAUCACACACAAAAUCUGUGAUUUGUUGCUAUGACCAAUAUUGUGAUAGAUUUUGUACACUUUGUUAUACUUUAACUUAUGUACAAUCUAGUCAUUGUUACUGUGUCAUGAGAACAUGAAAAUAAAUUUCACAUUGUAAAUAGAAAAAUUAAACUUAUUCCACAUAUUCUUGCACAUUUCAUUUUUUUUUAAAUAUCUGCUUAUGUUUUGAAGGACAAAUUUCACAAAGCAGCUGCUGCUAAAGGGGAGGUAGUGUGUAUGGCAUGUUAUAUGCAAGAAUUAAAGAGAUGUUUGACCAUGGGAUAAAUAUGAAAAUAUUAUUAUAUAUUGAUUUUUUUUCUCACAAAAUUUUUUUAAACGUGUUUUUUCCUCUAUAACUCAUCUUUUACACAAUGUGUGUGUAAAUUCCUUCAGAGCAUAAAAACAUCAAAGAAGCCAAAUGCAUAUUAAAAUUAAUUUUAGCUGCAAAUUCAAAUUCAAUUAUAAUAUACCUCCUUUAUGAGAACACAACCAAAACUGCCCAUUAUUUACACAACUUGAUGUUCUUCUCCUGAUUCCAUUUUCUUCAUUCUUGUAUUAAAAUUCAGUAACAUGGACAUAAGACAAAAUUUCUAUUUAGAAUCUUUGGUGUGAAUGGACAACCAU